AUGCGUCUGAUAUCGAUGGAACGAGAUGGCAACCUCACGGCGGUGUACGAGAGACUCGUUAAAGUGGUCCAAGAAAUCGAGAAGAAAUUGGAAUUCCUACAGUGCCGAAGACUCGGCUUCCUUACAUUUUGCUCUACGAAUCUUGGCACAGCCAUACGAGCCUUCGUGCACGUUCGCCUGCCAAAAUUCAGCGCGGAUUUUAUCAACUAUCCAAAGAGAUCGGCGGGCGAAAGUUUUGUCAAAAAGCAUCGUCCGGAUAAGGAUAAUUCUAGAAUAACAAAAGUUGCAUAA